CGCACUGAGCCAAAGUGUUAUGAAACAAAGUAGCACAGCAGCGGCUUGAGGUGCAGACAGUCAGAGGGACCCAGCGCGCAGACACUUACACCCCGGCACAGCUCCCCGCUCUGCCCGAAGACAUGCUCCCGUCCCUGGGCCUCACAUAGAUGUCACCUCCGGGGAGCCAGCACAAGAAUAAAAUGGCCCAAAAUUCCAUCCACUGGUUCCGGAAGGGCCUCCGUCUCCAUGACAACCCAGCUCUGCGGGAGGCGGUCCAAGGGGCGUCCACGGUGCGGUGCGUUUACUUCCUGGACCCGUGGUUCGCGGGCUCGUCCAACGUCGGGGUCAACAGGUGGCGGUUUCUUCUCCAGUGUUUGGAGGAUCUGGACGCCAGCCUUCGCAAGCUCAACUCUCGCCUUUUCGUCAUCAGGGGCCAACCAGCCAACGUGUUCCCGCGGCUCUUUAAGGAGUGGAAGAUCUCCCGGCUGACCUUUGAAUACGACUCGGAGCCUUUUGGGAAGGAGAGAGACGCCGCCAUCAAGAAGCUGGCCAUGGAGGCGGGCGUGGAGGUCAUCGUCAAAAUAUCGCACACCCUGUAUGACCUUGACAAGAUCAUCGAGCUGAACGGCGGACAGCCUCCGCUCACCUACAAGCGUUUCCAGACUCUGAUCAGCCGGCUGGAUCCUCCGGAGAUGCCCGUGGAGAUGCUGACGGACACGCUGAUGGGGCGCUGCGUCACGCCCGUCUCUGAGGACCACGGGGACAAGUACGGCGUCCCCUCGCUGGAGGAGCUUGGCUUUGACACGGAGGGGCUGCCGUCAGCCGUGUGGCCAGGAGGAGAGACCGAGGCUCUUACCAGGAUAGAGCGCCACCUGGAGAGAAAGGCGUGGGUGGCGAAUUUCGAGCGUCCGAGGAUGAACGCCAACUCGCUGCUGGCCAGCCCAACAGGCCUCAGCCCGUACCUGCGCUUCGGCUGCCUCUCCUGCCGCCUCUUCUACUUCAAGCUCACCGACCUGUACCGCAAGGUGAAGAAGAACAGCUCUCCUCCACUCUCGCUCUACGGACAGCUACUGUGGCGCGAGUUCUUCUACACCGCCGCCACCAACAACCCACGCUUCGACAAGAUGGAGGGAAACCCCAUCUGCGUCCGCAUUCCCUGGGACAAAAAUCCUGAGGCGCUCGCCAAGUGGGCUGAGGCGAAGACAGGCUUUCCCUGGAUCGACGCCAUCAUGACUCAGCUGAGGCAGGAGGGAUGGAUUCAUCACUUGGCCCGACAUGCCGUGGCCUGCUUCCUCACCAGAGGAGACCUGUGGAUCAGCUGGGAGGAAGGAAUGAAGGUGUUUGAGGAGCUGCUGCUGGAUGCAGACUGGAGCGUGAAUGCGGGCAGCUGGAUGUGGCUGUCCUGCAGUUCAUUCUUCCAGCAGUUCUUCCACUGCUACUGCCCCGUGGGCUUCGGCCGGCGCACCGACCCCAACGGGGACUUCAUCAGACGAUACUUACCUGUCCUCCGAGGUUUUCCUGCUAAGUUCAUCUACGACCCGUGGAACGCUCCAGAGUCUGUGCAGGCGGCGGCCAAGUGCAUCAUUGGAGUCCAUUACCCGAAGCCCAUGGUGCACCACGCAGAGGCGAGCCGGCUCAACAUCGAGAGGAUGAAGCAGAUCUACCAGCAGCUGAGCCGAUACAGAGGACUGGGUCUGCUGGCAUCAGUGCCGUCCACCCACGGGAACGGGAAUGGAGGAAUGAUGGCCUAUUCUCCUGGAGAGCAGCACCCAGGGACCAACAGUUCACACACGCCCGGAGUGUCGGGGAGCCCCGUUCCAACAGGAAAUGGCAGCGGAAGCAUCCUUCUCAACUUUGACAGCGAAGAACAGACCGGCCCCAGCGGCGUUGGACAGCAGCAUCAGCGCCUGCAGCAGCAUGGAUACCACUCAGUGCCAGACACCAGCCAGAACACCAGCAGCCGACUCUUCCACGAGUUCGCUGUGCCUCAGCACCCAGGACUCCUCCUGCACCCCCGGGGCGGCAUCACAGGGAAACGGGAGCGCGAGUCGGAGCGUGAGGGGUCGGGGGAAGAAGAGCCGGCGUCCUGCUCCGUGCACAAGAUGCAGCGACAGAGCGCAGAGGCAACCUAGAGCAGAUGGAGAAGAGACCGCGCACAGUCCAUGGAGCCGGCAGAGAGAGGAAAGCCCGACAUCACCGCCUGUCCUCCAAUCACAGCAGCUCCAGACAGGCGCCUCCUCUUCCUACUUUUCCUCACACACAGAAAAUCCCAGGGAGCACACACAGAGGUGAAAAUGUGUCAGUUGGCUCGAGUCGGUUGACCUCUGACCUCAGAGGAAUGUGCAAAGAAACAAAUGACCUCAAACUUUAUUUCUAAUAAAAUAAAUAAACCAAUAAAAACGUUAUUGUCUUAAACGGCUGCCACCGCCACGCAGCUGCCCGGCUACGACGCGGAGCCUUCGUCACAGGCUUUGAGAGUCUUCUUCUACUCAAACAGGUUUAAACAGGGAAACGCUGCUAAAGCUCCGCCCACGAGCCACGCCUCGAACAAAGAGGUCAUCCAGAGGAGCGCAGCUGUAACACGAGUGACCCGAAGCACCGAACGCAGCCUGCCAACUUCACUUCCUGUCUGUGUAAAUAAAGCCUUUUUUUAAUACUGGAGGUGCAGCGGGUUAUUAAACUCCUACUUAACGGCACUGGUUGUGAUUCCCCCUUUCACCACCUGGGGCAGCAUUUCACCAGCACGUGUCUUCACGCUGUGAAUGAGCGCGGCUCACCGCUGCAUACAUGCGCACGCUACGCCGGGGCUUUGGAUGUGGAGUUUCUUCACAUCCUGCUGAUGCUCCAGUUAACUUUUUAAAGCAGUUUAGAAAAACAGGAUGUCACACGUACUACCUUUAUUUCCGACGCUGGCUUCGUGGGAACGUCUUCACCUGCCUGGUUUGUGCUCGACUUGUAUCGGCAGCUAACAUCGAAUGCAAGUGAAAUUUGGAUGCAUUAAAGUCACAAGUGUCAGAGGUGUUUAUAUGUUUAUAGCCGAGCCCGUUCGCGGUCUUUGAGUCGUGUUUACAGUGACGUUCUUAGAUUAGAGCCUUCGUGCCAUGGCGUCGUUUAGCCCUCUGUGUGACGCCGUCGUGCACGAGGAGGCGAAGCGCGGCUGAACACUCAGGUCCUGACCUGAGACUUGGACCAUCGUCCUCGCAGCUUUGCCCACAUUUUUCCUGAGGUCACUUUAGCACUUGUUUGGUCCGACGUGGCCAGUCACAUUUUCACCUCUCUGCUCCCCUCACACACACGUCAUCUCUGAGGUUUCCUUCUGCAGAUGUGCUGGUCGAGCUCAUGGCUGCGUUCAGUCUCCUCUCCAAGGCGUCACAUUUUUCUAAGAUUUCUUAUAAAAACCAAAAACCUGCUAAACAAAAAUGAAGGAAAAAAGACUAAAAGCUAAGUUGAGUCAACGCGCUGAGACGGGCGACCCAAACGAGCCUCAUUCUGUCACAGACAACAUUCCUCACACGGUUUCCUGCGGCGCUGCACAGAGGGACACGUGAAGCGUGCACGGCUGUUCGGGAUCAUUAAAACUGUAAAUCUGCCCAACGUCUGCUUCAUGGCCGACAAACAAAGGGUCGCUGGCGUCCAGGGGGGUGGGGAUCCUCCACCAGCACCGCCACUCCCACUCAGAGAAUGUAUGAUAAAAUCCACACAGCAGCAUCGGUGGCUGACGUUAGCACCACCAGCUACACACACACACACACACACACACAAAGAUAUGCACACCUGUUAUUACAGCGCAGUUUCAGUAGUUACCCUGUUUUCUUUUGAGUUUACAGUGAUUACCCGAGUAGUUCUCGUGUCAUUACAGAGUAAAUAUAUACAGUAAAUAAGCUGUUUUCCACAGGAAACGCAGUAACAGAGUAAAUACUUGUAAAUAUCUGGUGAUUUCAUUGUAUUUGCGUACAGUUACAUGAGUAAGGACCAGGCUUCAUGUGAGUUUGAAUCCGGGCUAAUUUACCUGUAUUUAAACUGUAAUCACACCCACAACUGUAAACUCAGAUAACUCAUUUCCUGUUGUUUCACAAUAAAAGUCUUCUUCUACUGAACAGUCAGAGGCCUUUAUUGUGAAAAGUGUUCAUUAAAAAAUAAUAAAGUCCA